CUGGCGGGGUGGGCCGGCAAAGGAGCCGGUAGUGGCGCUCUCCAGUGUAGGCGCAGAGCUCAGCGGCCGCGCUCGCAGGGAAGGAGCCGGCGCCCAGGCGGUUCUGCCCCGGAGGGGACCGCGGCUGCAGCCGGCCUCGGGCAAGGCGGGGCGGGCGCAGCGAGGGGAGGGCGGCAGCCCCCGGCGCUGCCUCGCGGCGGAAGUGGCCAGAGGAGGAAAUUCCCACUCGGCUGCCGGCUACAGCCAGUAUCCCGCGGCGGCAGCUCUCCAGCGCCCGGGCCAGGAGCCGCUGCCGGGGAUGUGAAGGCGCCCAACCCCCGGAUCAUGGCCAGCCCAGGAGCCCCUGGGGGAUGCGACGUGCUGAUUGUGUAUGCCAGGGAUGCCAGUGAAUGGUGUCAGUACCUUCAGAACCUCUUCUUCUCGUGCCGGCAAGUCCGAAAGCAGCGGGUUCUGAGCUACGAAGUGGAGUACGGGGCUGCCAUUCCCUGGGAGGAGUUUGACCGAUUCAGCAGCAGCCGAUGCAUCAUUGUGUUGCUGUCUGCCGAGCUGGUGCAGAACUUUUACCUCUCUGAUGUCCUUGGGAGCCUGCAGGAAGCUUUGAGGCCCCCGCACAAAGUGGUCAAGCUGUUCUGCGGAGUGGAGGAUUGUGAUGACUAUUUAGGGUUUUUCAAGGACUGGGCCCAGUGGAAAGAGCUCACCUAUGAUGAUGAGCCAGAUGCCUACAUUGCAACAGUCAAGAAGGCUAUUUCAGAAGACUCUGGCUGCGAUUCUGUGACUGAUACAGAGGCAGAAGACGAGAGAAACCCAGUUUACUCCAGGAAACUUGCAAUGAGUCAGCAGCACGGGACAUCCAAGAGCACCCUGGGAGACCUGGUGGUGCAGCCUGACCGCAUACGCUGUGGGGUGCAGACAACACUUUAUAUUAUCAUGAAAUGUAAACUGGAUUGUCAAGUGAAAACAGAAGCUGAAUUCUUUCCAGAGAAUGCCCAAUCUGUGCGUGUGCCAGCCAAGAUGGAAAAUGAAUACACUGUCUCUGUACAGGCUCCUGACUUAACAUCUGGAGCAGCAUCUCUGCGGCUAUAUUCAGGUGACUUGAUGGUGGGGGAAGCGAACAUCAGCUACUACACUGACAUGGAAGAGAUCGGCAACUUGUUGGCCAAUGCAGCUAAUCCAGUGGAGUUCAUGUGCCAGGCCUUUAAAAUAGUACCAUAUAACAUAGAAGCUCUGGACAAACUGUUGACUGAGUCAUUGAAGAACAACAUUCCUGCAAGUGGCUUGCACCUGUUUGGAAUCAACCAGCUGGAGGAAGAAGAUAUGACAACAAAUCAGAGGGACGAAGAGCUGCCGACGCUACUUCACUUUGCUGCAAAAUAUGGUCUGAAGAACCUCACAGCCCUGCUGCUUACUUGCCCAGGAGCCCUGCAAGCCUACAGCGUAGCCAACAAGUAUGGGUACUACCCAAACAACAUUGCCGAAAACCAUGGCUUUAAGGACCUGCGGCAGUUCAUUGAUGAAUACGUGGAAACUGCUGAUAUGCUGAAGAGUCACAUUAAGGAGGAGCUGAUGCAGGGCGAGGAAGAUGACUCUGUUUAUGAGUCCAUGGCUCACCUCUCCACCGACCUGCUGAUGAAAUGCUCCCUGAAUCCUGGCUGUGAUGAUGAGCUCUAUGAAUCCAUGGCCAACUUUGCCCCUGAUGCCACAGACGAUCUGUAUGUAGAGAUGCUUCAGUCAAAACCCGAAGCCACAGUCGCUAAAGACCAGCUUUCUCUGAAUAUAAAAGACUCUAUGAUCCGCAAAUUUUUAGAAGGCAGUAGCAAAGAUGUGCCAGAUUCAGAGGAUGAUCCCUACCAGCAGUGCGGUGAGGAUGAACUUUACUACACUGUGGAGCAGGAUGACUUCCCUCAGGAAAUGGUCAACAGACCUCCAGUUCCUGUUCCGAGGCCUGACUCCAGCUCCCUUCAUCAAGAGAAGGAGCUGUACAUUUCCAAAGUAUUUGCAGGGAAAGCUCACGAAAGACCUGGGAAUCUGUAUGUCUCUGCAGGGAAGAUUAAGAAAGAGCCUGCAGUCAGGCUUGUCAGGGACCAGUCACAAUCAAGCAUAUACGACCCAUUCGCUGGGAUGAAAACGCCAGGUCAGCGGCAGUUAAUUACGCUACAGGAACAAGUCAAGAUGGGGAUACUCAAUGUUGAUGAAGCCGUGCUCCAUUUUAAGGAGUGGCAACUGAACCAGAAGAAGAGAUCGGAAUCAUUCCGGUUCCAACAGGAAAAUCUGAAACGGCUACGAGACAGCAUUACCCGGAGGCAAAUUGAGAAGCAAAAAACGGGAAAACGUUCAGACUUGGAAAUCACGGUGCCUAUACGACCGUCUCACAAUGCUCCCGGGAAACUGGAGUGUGGCAUUUAUGAAUUUGGCCCCAGGAAAACUGUUUUCCCACCAAGAAAGGAGAUAAAGCGAGGAGAGUGGAAAACAGAAAGCACCUCUAGCACUGCAAGUAGUGCCAGUAACCGAUCGAGUACUCGAAGUACAUUGAGUGUCAGUAGUGGGAUGGAAGGUGACAACGAGGAUAAUGAAAUCCUGGAAGCUACCAGAAGCCGCAGCCCAAUACCCCAGCAAGUGGAGAGGUUUCCCCUCACGCUACCUGAAAGGCCUCCGAGAAUACCUCCCCGAGGUGCAAGCAGGCCUGUAAGCAGCGAAAACUUUUUUCCUCCACCUGUGCCCCCACGAGGUCGCUGAAUCCUGAGAUCAUUGGAAUAUGGGAUAUUCUAGUGUGUAUGUGUACAGAUAUAUAUAUAUAUAUAUAUAUAUAUACACAGACACAUUUUAAAGGAUCUUUUUUACUAUUUAUAGAUGGAAGCCAGAUGAUUUCCCCCUCCCUGCCCCCCCAGCUCUGGUGCAUUUUGUAGUAACAUUUCACUGAGAAAUCUCCCAGCCUUUUGUGACUUUUUUUUUCUUGGAGUGUCUUGGGACUUCUAGAUUUUAAGGAAAAACUAUCCAAGGUGGCAAAGAGAAUUUGGAUGAGUCUUCUGACUGUCUUACACCUCAUAUGGGGUUACGCCUCCCACCAAGAACAUGCUGUCCUCAUUGGAACCCUACACUCAGAGAGUUGUAAAAACAACUAAAGAGAGUCACUGGAAAAUGUAAAAAAUAUAUAUAUAUUUUUUAAAAGCUCCUUUCAGAGUCUGUCUUCAAAGAAUGCUCAUCAUGAGCUGCAUCGGAAGAGUGGAUCUCAGUAGUUUGGUGGUGUAACAUUUGGACACUGGCUCGUUCCCACCAAAUCUCCUGUAACGGAUCUUCCUUUAAUAGUUAUUGGACAUGAUGGUUUUGCAAAAAGGGCUUUGUGAAGACUUCCAUAUUCAAGCAAAAGUCGUUUUUAUACAGCCCUUUUCUCUGCCCACCCCAUUGUCUUUGGAUGGGGAAAGACACUAGCGAGGUGCUAUAUACACUGCAUUGGAUGCAAGACUCCCUAACAGCUGGUGAGGGAAUUGCUCUGUCACAUGAAACAGCUCUAUAUAGAUGCUUUCUAGGGGCCUUGUUACUUUAAAUCCAAAUAGCUGACCUCUUGUAUUAGGGGAAGAAAUUUUUAGCAGUCCUUUGACCUUCCCCCUUCCCUGUACACAUUUGAGUAUCAUAUCUGUGUUAAGGCUGUUUAUGCUUUGUAAUAGCGUGUGUUGAUAAGGUGUAUGUAUUUUGUGGCUCAAAUAUGGAUUUAAUUGUUGCUUACUUCACUGGGCACAGACAUCCCGUUCAGUGGUUGGGUUUUGUUUGCCCUAAGCAUCCUGUUUAGCAAAACUGCACCUACAGCAGCCGUGUCCAACCAAAUCCACCUGAGGGCUGUGUGUUUUCAAAAAGGUCAAAGGGCUUCUUAGUUCUGCUCCCCCUUGUGCCACUCAGAUGGCACAAGGAGCAAAAACCAUUGCUAAGUCCUCAUCACAGAGAGUUGGGGUAGCUGGCUUUCAGGCCUGGGGUGAGGAGAACAUGGAGCUCCAGCAAUCCCUGGCUGACAUGGCUCACAGGGGACCUUUGAUGGCUGGCACAAGUUAGAGGCUACUCUGCCCCUGCCCAGGGUAGAGAAUUGGGUAACAAUAACUUGUUGGUUCUCAGCUUCUCUUUUCCCUUCCCUCCCUGUGGUAGCUGUGUGGGGGAGAGGAGCCAUCCCUUUUUAGCUGAACCCAGCCCUCUAGGCUCAGAGAGAGCUCAGGUAAGCAGGCAACAGAGCAACCAGAGUUGCAGCUCCCCAUCCCUUGCAAUACAGCAAGUGGCCAGUGGAGGGAGUUGCUGAAGAAGUAAUCCACGGGGUGUCCCCUACUGUUGCUUUGUAGAGAUGUGGGUCAUUCAAACAGUUCAGGGUGGCACUUGUGAAAUGCAUCUUCAGUUCACAAUCAAGUGCAAACUCUCUUUUCAGUGCAGCUCUAUGUGGCUCAGAAGCUCGUCCCUUCCACCAUCAGAAGCUGCUCCAAUAAACAAUAUUACCUCACCCUCCUCAUCUCUCUCAUAUCCUGCGACCCACAAGGCUACAAUGACACUGCAAGCAAGCACCAUGGAUGCUCCUUUAAAAGUACAUGAGUGUUCUCCUCCACUAACCAGGUGUUACUCAGAACACUACAGGCUCUGAAUGCUGGCUUGCCGUAGCUUGCUGGUGACUCGCUUUAGUCGGGGGGAAGGGUUGAGAUCCAGAGAGCAGGAGUUGGGUUUGUGUCCCUUUCCCUAGCGGGCGCAGUCCCCAGCACUUUUCCAUUGAACUGAAAAAAGUUUCUUCACCUAAUCGAGGAGAAAAUGAAACUACAAAUGAAAGGAAUGAGUUAAAGGAAAUAAAACUGAAGAGGAGAGUUAAUUCAGGGGCCAAA